GGAAAACCGCCUUUCCUAGCCGCCCUCCCCCUAGAGCUCUCUCCCGGCUGUCUCCGGUCAAACAAGCUCAUUCAUUCGCCUCCAUUUCAUUCAUAUCCCCCUUCCGAUUUGUGAUAAUAUUGCAACAUUAUGAUUAGGACCAUUAUCUUUACAUCGCUGACAUUUGUCAGUGUGUUCGGUGUCAUUGACAUCUGCGAAUACUAUAGACAUAUCGGUAAGCUCCACGAGCAUCCAGAAUGCGCUCGCCAAUUCACGACACCAACACCCACCACCGCAGCACCAAGAAUUGGGUUCUGCUCGAGCUCGGCCGCUCUUAUUCAAUGCACAGCCGAUGCUCAAACAUGCCCACUCUCAGGCCAAGUAUGCAUUCAGUCUGAUGGAAACAAGUGUUGUCAAAUUGUGACAGCUGGAAUCCCGGCGUCGGAGAUCAACUCGAAGUCGGGCUCUUGCCCUCGUCCACUUGGUAUCUCGGUCUUCCAGGAUAACACUAUCGGAUGCUGGAUGGACUCGAACUGUCCAGGAAUCCAGAAAUGUUGUGUCGAGCCGAAUCCGGUCACUAACUCGGCCACCAGAAUUUGUAGAGACCCAGUUGGAAUUGCUAGCACAUCAAUCUGCUCCCUUCCCCUAGCCGUUGGAUCCUGUACCGCUCCAGCUGUCCGAUUCUACUAUGACGCUUCCUCGGGACGUUGUAAUCAGUUCAUGUACAGUGGAUGUGGAGGAAAUGCCAACAACUUCCAAUCCCUUUCAUCUUGCCAAGGAACCUGUGGACAGAGUGGAGUCACUGGUACUCCAGCCUGCCCAGCUGACGCCAACUCCGGAUUGAACUGCUUGUUUGCUCACGCUGAUGCCUGCAACAGUGAUAAGGAUUGUUUGGGGCGUGAGAAUACGGCUCAGCCAUCGUGUUGUAUGACCAGCUGCGGAUACAAGAUCUGCUACCAAUACUAAACCGAUAUCUUUUCACUUUUUCCUAUUGAUUUAAACCAAAAUUCUAUUGUUUCGCCAUAUUUUUGCCCUCUUCUCUUUUUUCCCCAAAAGGUUUCAAAAUUUGUGAUUGUUUCUUAAAAAGCUGAUAAUCGUUCCCGUGAAAAGGAAUUAGACCGGCUUUUUUCCGAACAUGUAAUUCUGAAACAUCGCUUCCCCCCGACACCACCCUUUCAAAACCGACUUACCUAUUUAAAAUGUAGUAAAUUAUUGUUGUUUUUGUAAUUAAUAUUUAUUAAUCAAAAAAAAAAUGAUAUAGAGUUUCUAAUGAAAUAGUUUUACAACAAUU